AUGAAGCAAUUCACCAGCUUCACGUUCGAACUGCUCGAAGAAUUGGGUGACGAACAUCGGCUAGGCUGCAAAUGCUGCCGUUUUGGGAACGGCGUCGACCUCCCGAUACCAAGACAGCUCUCGGUCCAGGAGACGACGCGGGCCGCGCGGAAAUUUUCAGCAGCAAUCUUCAAGCACUGGACGGAACUCAACGCUAUCAUCAAGCGUUUCGAGGGCACCAUGCACAAGCGGUGGAUGAAGAAGAGCUUCAGACAGCGACGCGAAAUCCUACUCAAAGCUUGGCCACAAGAUAUCCGCAACCCACAGGCCCGACUUUGA